GAGUAUAUUUAUUUGCUGUAGAAUAUUAUUAAAAUCGCAGUUUAAAUAUGUUAAACUGAACAUAUAAGCCGUAAAAAUGAUUUUGUCAUUGUUAAAACAUCACAAGUUAUCUAGAAAUUUCACAAAACCCUUUGAAAUCAGCUUAGUAACCUCUAGAAACUGUGCAAAAAUUCUUGGAAUUGAGACAUCCUGCGAUGAUACAGGAUGUGCCAUAAUCAAUGAAAAAGGAGACAUAUUAGGAGAAACUUUGAAUUCGCAAAAUUUAAUACACUUACGUUAUGGGGGCAUUAUACCAGAUGUGGCACAGGACUUGCAUAGAAAGUAUAUUGAACCUACUGUACAUAAAACAUUAGAAUCAGCACAAUUGAACUGGUUAGACAUUGCAGCUAUAGCUGUUACAUUAGAACCUGGUCUUCCCCUUAGUCUGGCUAUCGGCAUGAAGUAUGCGAAGCAUUUGUCUAGGAAAUAUAAUAAACCCCUUAUACCUGUUCACCACAUGGAGGCACAUGCUUUAGUUGCCAGAAUGCAGCACAAAAUAUCAUUUCCAUAUUUAACCCUCCUCAUAUCCGGUGGGCAUUGUUUGCUGGCCUUAGUGCAAGGUGUUAAUAAAUUUCAACUUCUUGGUCAAAGUAUUGAUUGUGCACCAGGGGAAGUGUUUGACAAAGUAGCAAGGAGGAUGAAGCUGCGUAAUAUACCAGAGUACUCACAACUAUGCGGAGGGAGGGCUGUGGAAAUGGCUGCUUCUAAAGCAACUGAUCUAAACUUAUUUCAAUUGCCACUCCCUUUAGUUGAUCACAAAGAUUGUAAUUUUAGUUUCAAUGGCCUGAAAACAUCUGUAAUGUAUCAACUUUUUAGGAAAGAAAAGGAACACUCUAUUGAAGCUGAUAAGUUAAUACCAGAAGCAAAUGACCUAUGUGCUGCACUAUUAAUGACCACAUCCAGGCAUCUUGUACACCGGACACAGAGAGCUAUGGACUUUUGCCAUAAAAAUCAUUUAUUACCUGAUGAGAAAAAACAAUUGGUGGUCUCUGGUGGUGUGGCAUGUAAUAAUUACAUUUUUAACACAUUAACAGAGUUAUGUAAUGAGUUUGACUACAAAAUUUAUAGGCCUGAACCAAAGCUAUGUACAGAUAAUGGUGUCAUGAUAGCAUGGAAUGGUUUAGAGAAAUGGCAAAGAAACAUAGAUGUAGUGAGCAAAAAUAUUAAUAGCUUGGAUAUAAAAGCUGUUAGUCCUUUAGGUGAAAGUCUCAUUUCCAGUGUUGUAAAGGCUAGAAUACCAACAAAGUUAAUAAAAAUAAAAGUAAAAUUAUGAUA